UUUUCCUAUUACAUCUUUUCUAGGACAAUGGCAACAUCUUUUCUUUUAAGCAAUACUCACCUUUUAAAGGGAGUGAAAACAUUUAAGGAGAGAAUGAAAGAACAAGGCACCAAAGUCAUUCAACAGAGUGAUUAUUUAAAAGAUUUUAUGCUGAAGAUCCAGAAAGAAGGAUUGAAUGCGGCCUAUUUAGAGUACGGCGACUGUCCACCUGGCCCAUCUCCACCGACAAUAAGCGCAUCCCAGGAAUAUGUUCCACCAAAGGAUGUUGAAUAUGACGUGAUUAUUGUUGGAGCUGGUAUGGCUGGUCUUGCUGCAGCGUAUGAGUUGAAGAGAGCUGGGCUAAAAGUGAAAAUCCUUGAGCAGACUGAUCGUUAUGGUGGAAGAGUUUUCACUUAUGGAAAAGAUGCAGGCCUUGCACCUGGUUUAUUUGGCGAAGCCGGAGCGAUGAGAUUACCUGGUGGUGUGGAUGAACCAAACAAUAGAGCUCAUUUUUUAACAGAUGGAUAUAUCACUGAAUUUAAACUUAGCAUCAAAAAGUUUCCAAACUUUGAUGAAAAUGGCAUUUCCAAUAUUUACGGAUUGAAGGAAAAAACAGCAACCUGGGAAAAAAACCAUUUCGACACUGUUUGGCCAAACUGGAGGAAAGGAAUUAAGACGGGAAGCAAAAAGAAAGGAGAAAAGGACGUCGUUAUUAAAAAUAUUGGUGAUUAUUACGACAGAACAACCAGCGUUGUCACCGACCAAUUGAUUGCCUGGUUGAAUAAAACAACCACAAAUAAAGAAGAAAUCGCAGUUUGGGAUCGCUGGAUCAACAUUUGAAGCCAGUUUACGUUGGAAAGCU